AAAGAGCUGGUGUGCUGCGAAACAGUAUUCAGUAGCUCUCGAGCAGUCUACAAGAAGUGCACGAUGAGAUUUCUGUUUGCUUUCGUCGCCCUCCUCGGCUAUGCUUCGGCUAGCGCCAUCCUAGCCCCGUACGUUUACGGCGCGAACGCCGGUGACGUCCAGGCCGCCGCCAUUGACGCCACCGUCGCCGCGCGGGAUACCGUGCGCGCUAUCGGCGAAGGCCAAGCGCGUGCCGCUGAAGCCGUCAUCCAACACAACACUGAGGCAGUCCGUCAAGUCGCUGAGACCAACCGCAACCUCCACGAGAACGCCUACUGGGGCAGUGUUGCCGCUUCCCAGAACUACGUCGCCGCUGCCCAGUCCCAGGCUGCCGCUAUCGAUGGAGCCGCUGCCGCUGUCCGUGCCGCUCAUGCCGCUGCCCCCAUCGUAGCUGCUGCCCCUCUUGCCUACGCCGGUGUCGCCGCUCCCUACGUAGCUGCCCCCUACGCCGCCUACGGCGCGUACGGUGCCUACGGUCUCGGUCUCCGUCACUGGUAAACCACAACCACCACCUCGACGCUGGUAACGCCGUACAUCAAGUCAUCACGCGUUAUCGGCACAUGUAACAGCUUUAAGGACGUUUCCAACGGUCGGUCUCAAAUUACACGGAAAAAUGAUUUGCUCAACGAACAAAACAAAGGUCUCAAUAAAUACGUAACUCUCUUUGUAAAUAAGUAAAUCUAAUGCCAUCACUGCCAAAGUGUAAAUAAACACACAAUUUAUAAAAAAAUCGUUUGAUGUUUUUCUUGUGAACCUUUCCAUGAAUAAAGUAGAAUUGGUUUUUA